CUUGACCAUAGUAGCGAAAAAAAUGUUUCCUGUUAGCCGCACUGAGUGGAAAUGUCGCCUAUUCGCGCGCCCCUCCUACUCGGUAUUCCAGUGAAAGCCAACAUUUACAAAUUGUCAGUGGCGAGUCAGACCUGUCAACGAGUUAUGAGCGUGGAGCGUAUAUUCGAUGAGUUUGGACACUUCAAAAGGUUCCAGGCAUGUCUGUACUUUGCUGCUGUCUUCCAGGCCAUAGCCUGCGGAAUCCACUACCUGGCCUCCGUGUUCCUCGUGGAGAGGCCAAACUUUGUCUGUGCUCCGCCAGGUAACAUCACUGACGUCCUGUAUGGGAACCACACUGGUGCUUCCCUGGAGGAGGUGCUACCAUUCUUCAAACCGGCGAACGGGCCCAUGGUGGUCCGAACGGCUGUGGGCCAACAGUGGGAGCUUAGCACCUGCCAGCGCGCUCAGCGGAUGAACCCCACAGACUUUACCUACGAGCAGGUCGUCAACAGGACGACGGAAAAGUGUGACGAGAACUACCAUUACGUGUACGACCACAGUGAGGUGUAUCAGAGCAUCGUGACGGACUGGGACCUGGUGUGUGACAGGGAAUGGCUGGCCAAGCUGUGUCAGCCCACGUUUAUGAUGGGGGUGCUGGUCGGAGCACUGGUGUUCGGGGACAUCGCUGAUAGGGUUGGCAGACGGAGGAUCCUAAUGAUCACCAGCCUCUGCCAGUUUGUGUUUGGUGUAAGCGUGGCAUUCACGGGAAACUACUACCUAUUUAUGGUCAUCCGCUUCCUGCUCGCCAUGGUGUCCAGCGGCUACCUUGUAGUGGUGUUUGUGUACGUGACCGAGUUCACCGGCAACAAGGUACGCACGUGGACCUCCAUGCACGUGCACGCCGCCUUCGCCGCAGGCAUCAUGAUGGUGGCGAUCACGGGCUACCUUGUGCGUACCUGGUGGAUCUACCAGAUCAUCCUCUCCACCUGCACCUCGCCCUUCCUCUUCUUCUGCUGGAAGUUUCCCGAGACACCCUUCUACCUGAUGGCUAAGGGGAGGCUCCAGGAGACCCAGGUCCUGUUGGAUUCCAUAGCCUGCUUCAACGGCCUGGAGCCUGGCCGCCUGAGGGCCGAGGACCUCCUGGAACCCAAGGAGGCUCUGCUGGAGAAGGAGGUGGCAAUGGGGAGAGCCCAGCCAGCGGAGCCUGAGAGAAAGCUGAGCAUCCUGGACCUGUUUGGGACAUGGAGGAUGGCCUGGAGGACAGUGACAGUGUGGGCAGUGUGGUUCAUUGGCAGCCUGGGCUACUACGUCUUCUCCCUGGGCUCCAUCAACCUGGGGGGCAACCAGUACAUCAACCUCUUCCUGGCUGGUGCAGUGGAGUUCCCUUCCUACCUGAUUGGCUGUUAUGCGAUGGACCGAGUGGGCAGGAAGAGGACAUGUGCCCCAGCUCUGCUGCUGGCUGGAACGGCCUGCGUGCUCAUCAUUGUGGUGCCAAAUGACAAUGAGGUGUUAGUCAUAAUCCUCAGUAUGACAGGGAAGUUUGCCAUUGCCAUAGCCUUUGGCCUCAUCUACCUCUACACCUGUGAGCUCUACCCAACUAUCAUCAGGUCCCUGGCGGUGGGCAGUGGCAGUAUGAUGUGUCGUGUGGGCAGCAUCGUGGCUCCUUUCUGUGUCUACCUAGCUGACAUCUGGCAAUACCUACCACAGCUGAUUGUGGGGAUCCUGGCGUUUAUAAUAGGUGUUCUGACCCUGUUGUUACCAGAGACCCUGGGUGAGCCCUUGACCAGCACCAUGGAGGAGGCUGAGGCUCUAGGCAGGAAGAAUAGCCCUGAUCAGGGAACGAAAGACCCUGAGGAGGGGGUGGAGAUGAACUAGAUCCAGAGCAACUAGUUGGACGGCAAGCCCUGAGGGAUACACCUCACCACCAACCAGAGGGAUAGAGAGGGGGUAUGAAUAGAUACUACUGGAAGCGAUGCCAAGAAACCAACAAAACAAACAACAUCGAAUUUGGAACCUUAGUAGGACUUUUUGUAAUAAAGUGUUUUUUUUACAUUUUGUUCCACAAAGUGGCCAAUUUCAGAGCUGGUAUGCUCUGGUUGAGCCAACCAACCGCAGCCAACCUCUGAGUUCCUUGGCUGCAGCUGAGGGAAGGGAAGUGAAGGCCCUUUAUUCACCACAUCUCAGUCUCCUGAUGAGAGCCACAUGAAACUAAGCCUCAUGAUCGACAUUCACGUCACGUGUGCCUUCCAAUCACAGCCACUAAUUAAUGCGUGUGCGAGAGAUUGAGAGCGAGAAAGAAAGAGUGUGCAGGUUCUACGUGGGAAGUGUGUGUGCAUGCAUGUGUGUGUGUGUGUGAAAUUUGAUAUUUCACUGACUGAGACUGUGAUUUAGUUACCUCUAUUCAGCCCGAUGAUCAUCUAGUGCAGCUGAUUUUGGCUAUGUGUUACAGACAAUGCUAUUGUUAGGUAAUUUAAAGUGUACUUUGUUAAUCUGAAGUCCACACACACACACACACACACACACACACACACACACACACACACACACACACACACACACACACACACACACACACACACACACACACACACACACACACACACA